CUCCUCCUCAGGUUCCGGUUUGGUCCGUUAUCCAAUCACAGACACCAGAGGAACGUCCACCAGAUGGAGUUUGCCUGUGGGUUUGUUUAUGUUUCCCCGGCAACACAGGUCAAGCGCUCAGCUCUUCUCCCUCCGCGAACGGGCCGUUACCUACACAGCGCCCUGACCACCACCCCUAAACCAGGCUCCGCCCUCUUACCCCCCAAAAAAGCCAAACCCGUCAAAGCACUCAAACCUCCCGCUCACCCGCCCCCCAUCCCCACGACCCCUAAGCCCACCCCACCGACCAGCGCCAGCCCCACGAAACCCACACCUGUGUAUGAGAAUCUCCUGCAGGAGACACAGUACAAACCAAACCCACACACAGUAACCUCACCUCCACCUGAUUGGAGGAAACACCUUGGCCAUGCCUGGUCUCCGCCCCUCCCUGCACCAAAGCCAAUCAGAAAGCCCCAAACGCCCUCGGAGAGUGAUUCCUUCUACGAGCUGCCAUCGCUUGAACUGGAGGAAGAGUCUUCUGACGUCAAGCACUGGAAACCACCUGUUAGCCCCCAGAGCUACCAGCGAUCCCAGACACCAGCCGCAGCUCCGCCUCCUCCACCGCGCCCGUCUUUCUUCAAGCGACUCCCAGAAUACGGCUGCGUUCUGCCUUCCUCUUCCUCUCCGUCGGGUCGUGAUCGUCUGAGCGGCAGCAGCUCAUCGGCUUCUGAAGCAGGAGAUGAUAACAAGCAGCCAUUGCCUGGCAACCCCAAUGUGCUCCUGGUUAAUCUUGGGAGGCUUGUAGGUGAAGAGCAGGGUGAGUGUAUGCAGGGUGAGCCGUCAUGCUGUUUAGCGUGUGGAUCGGUGUUUGAGUCCACGUAUGAUAACAUGGUCAAAGAAUGUUAUUUUUGCCAGAGUUGGAGCUCCGCCCCUUCCCCUGCCCCAGGCGCACCCACUGGCUGUGAGGACUUGCUCUUCUUGUUGACUCCUGACCAUAAGGGUCAAUCGGCGGAUGGAAAUCUGCUCAUAUUCUGUAUCUGUACUUCGCGCUCCAUGAGCACUCAGGUUGAAGUGGAGAGUAAAGCUACAUGCAGAUCCCGUCUCCAUUCUGUGCAGGUAGCUAUGCUGCAGUGUGUCCAGACUCUGGGUGAGAGGGAUCCAGAGCUUCGUAUUGGACUAGUGACAUUCGAUGACAAGGUAACAAUGCACAGCGUUGGUGAGCUUCCGUCCCAAAUUCUUCAAGGAGGAGAGCUGUCUGAUAAAGAUUACCUCAAGGAGGCGGGGCUUAGCUUUCCAACUCCGCCCCCUCUCUCUCAGAGUCAAGCCAGCCUGCAGAUGGAGAUUCACAAGCUUCAGGGCAGCGGGGCGUCUACUCUGGGAGCUGCUGCUCUGGUCUCCAUAUCGAUGGCCUCCAAGCACCCUGGAUCAAAGGUUCUGGUGUGCACCGAUGGGGUUCCGAACGCAGGACUGGGUAAUUUGGACCCUGAACUUUCUCGCUCUAUCGUCUCCUCUUCAAUAUUCUACCAGGAGCUCGGAGAGACCGCAGCUACACAGGGGGUGUCGGUGUCUGUAGUGUCUGUGGAGGGGUCAGGCUGCAGGCUGGACGAGUUAGGACGACUGACCGACGGAACCGGCGGAAAGGUGCUGAUCUCCAGCUGUGAUGAUCUGUACGUUGAGUUUAUGGGACUCAUUGAUGACAGAACCAUCGCUACACACACCACCGUCACCCUGCUGCUGCCCUCAGCACUGAGGCUGAGAGGAGAGAAGGAAGCAGGGCAUUGUGGGAUGCGGGAGGUGGGAAACAUCACUGAGAAAUCAAAGAUUACGUUUCAGUACGGAGAGACGGAAAAGACCCACGCCCUGCUGAGUGGGAGGAGUGUAUGUGUGCAGCUGCAGGUGAGGUAUCGCCGGUGGGACGGAUUGAGCAUGCUCAGAGUGCUGACGGCUAACCUGAAGACCACUGAGGACAGUUCCCAGGUCCUGCCCCGCCUCUGUCUGUCCAUCCUGCUGCUGAACGCCAGUCAGACGAGCGCAGCGCUGGCCCUCAGGGGCCGAUUCAGAGAUGCCCAGAGAGAGAGAGAUGCCCAGAAACAACUCGUACACAGAGGACUGGAGCACAGACAGAAUACAGAGGAUGAACUGAUAUGGAGAGAAUGGAUCAGAGCUACAGACUCCGUCUACAACAGCCUGCGCCAAUACACACACAAAACACCUGCGGUGAGAUCUGCCUGCCAGUCUCUCUCUGACACUGAUGCUGCUCUGCUGUACGCCAUGAAGAACAACUAUUACGACUGUUAAGCAGCUGCAAACGCUGGACUUCCACUCAAUGGCCACUUUAUUAGAAACACCUAUCUUGUACUCCCACUACCUGGCCACUUUAUUAGAAACACCUACCUUGUGCUUCCUCUAACUGGCCACUUUAUCGGAAAUACCUACCUUGUACUCCCACUACCUUGUAGUAGUGGUGUAGAUCUAAAAACAUCUCAGACACCAAGCAGGUUAUUUCAUGUGAUAACAUUUUGUGAGGGAGCUUUUAGACACAUCACAGUGCAAAUUAAAACAUAUAAAUUCAAACGUG